GCAUGUUUAUUUCAUAAUAGUAUUUUAUGCCCCUGAAUGAUAUGGGCCGCUUGGAUGUGUGUGGAAGCGAUCGCUAUUUUUAUUUAGUUUUUUGAAUCCCGCGCCAUGAAAAUGAGUGACUUCCGGCUUCGGUCUUGCAUUGAGGAGGAGGGCGCUGUGACGUGUACGGUAGAAGACGUCCUCUUCACGCUACAGUGCACUGUUGUGUAUGAGGACGAAGAAUUCAGCUGAUUUUGCGGAUUAAUACGUUUAUUUUUCGCAUCACGCCAGUCAAACGGCUGCAGAAAAAACAUUCUGUAUGAGGGAGAGGCGUAUGCGCCUUUUUGGAGUUUCAAAAGGUUCCUAUUCACCGUGGAUAUUUACUGUGGGACCAUUGGACUUACGAGGAAGUGAGUAAACAUCUUGUUUUGUAUUAUGUCAAAUACGAAUACAGCGAUUACAAAGUAAACACUACAAACUUCCUUUAAAUGAAGGACUACUUACGUUUGAUCAUUGAUAGGCAUGUAAAAAGCUCUCCUAAUGCUCAUUAGCAGCAGCACGUUAGCUGCACAACAACUCCAGCCACCCUCUUCCGGGGAACGAACUGUAAAUUGCUCUCCGCCGGGCGGUUUGCCGAUCCGCAAAGACAAUCGACAACCGGUUCGUCAUGUCAAAUAAUCCAGGAUAGUUAUGUGUGAUUUUCCGCUUCGAAGACUUUGAAACAUCACUCGGUUCGGGUUAGCAUUUCGGCUAGCUGUCACGCCUUCUGGUUUGUUUACAUUCUCCGAAGCCGGGGAAGGGAAAUGACAUAUGUCCUAUUUAGAUGUCAUAAAAUAUCGUUCGGGAGGUGCGACAGUAAAGGUGAAGUCGACAGUUUUGACCAUUAUGGAGUAAUUUUGCCAUGUCGUCCUGAAUAAAUGCAUUUUUAUUAUUUCAUAUUCCAUUCAGCACAAGACUGUUAUUUGUCAUGACCAUGCCAUUUAUUUAGCAAUUGGGGAAAAUACUUGGAUAAAAAGAAUAUCCUGUAAAAAUAUUGAAGUAAAGAGACAGAAACAAUGACAUUUUGCCGCUCUCUUCGUCGCGUUUUCCUCGUUGUGAAUAGUUCCCCCUCGACGGGCUGACUGGUCCUUCUCAAGCCAUUUAUAUAGCUAUUGGGGAAGAAUACUUGGAUAAAAAGAAUAUCCUGUAAAAAUAUUGGAGUAGAGUGACUGAAACAAUGACAUUUUGCGGCUUUCUUCGUCGCGUUUUCCUCGUUCUGAAUAAUUCCCCCUCAAUGGGCUGAAUAGUAAAACCGAUGAGCCCAGUCUACCGCUGACGUCAUCCUGUUGGGGAGGCUAAAGCCCUAUAAUGGUAGGCGUGGCUAACCGGCAGAUUAAAAGACUAAUUUCUCGUCAUCUGUGCUUUGCUGAAUAUUUGUAUAUAGUCAAAUCGUCUCAAAAUAUGAUUCUAAUUCACAUAAUAAUGCCAUUUAAGACUUUUUUUUCUCGUGUCGUAUGCUCUUUAAUGCUGGGAAAACUUCACAAAAUUGUUUCAAAACUAGUUUUGCAUGAGGAAGAGAGGAAAAACUUGCGAGGAAUAUACCGUAUUUUUUCUUUUUCUAUUAAUGGUUAACAUCCCCAAUCGGAUUUUCCUGAAAAUUUUCUUUCAUUGCCAAAAAUAAGUCGGCAACAGUAACUAUGAUUGACUUGGUUGCGUUGAUUUUUGAUGGUUGGACAGACACUCCAUACAGAGCGUUCAAUUUGUAUACAAACAAAAACGUAAAUGGAUCAGAAUGAGUGACUGGAGACACAGGGCUGUUGAUGAACAAGUGAAGGAAUUCUGCUGCUGGCGGAAGAAGCAGAGGAUGAUGGGGAGGAUGAGGAGGAGGGUGCGAGCUUGUUUCCGCCUGCGUGUGUUUGUGCGUGUGAGCUGAAGCGCGACUCGUUGAGUGGAUGCGUCCUGACACCUGGCGCUCCCUCGCUCCCUUCGUCCGACGCUCACAUUCUCUCCUCCCCGGGCUUGUCUGGUCCGUCCUCCUCCUCUCUUCAUCUUUUGUCCUCUCUCGCUUUCUCUUGCUCGCUCUCCAUCCGGUAUUCCGCCUCGGUUCUCUGGCCGGAGUCCGAUCCUUUUGUGUCGGUAUCUCGCCUCGCUAUGGUGCAGGAUUUUUCCAGCUCGGGGCGACGAGGCGCUCGGCUGACAAAGAUGGUGGGAGCGAGGACCUUGGAGACCCCCGCUCGCCCGGUCUAGACCAUCACUUCAGCUACUUUGGCCAAGGUGGCAGCUUAGACGGCGAUUGCGCCUUCGAGGCGGACUACUUCUCCGCCUUGCCGCCGCCUCCGCCGCUCUCCAUGGCUGAGGGCGUCCAACACAUUCGCAUCAUGGAGGGCGUGUCCCGCUCGUUGCCCUCGUCGCCACUGCUCGGCCACCAGGCGCUCGGUGCUCGACUGCAGGCCGUCAAGAAGCUCACAGCCCCCCUGCGGAAAGCAAAGUUUGUGGAGAGCCCUCGCGUUCCUCAAUCGGAGCUCAGCUCCCCCGACCCGGCUGGGAAUUCCCACCUGGACAGAUUGUGCCCAGGGGAGUCGAGCCAGGAGCUGGGCCCCCCUCCCACGGUGGAUGAGGCCGCCAACACAUUGAUGACGCGCCUGGGCUUCCUUCUGGGAGACAAAGCGAGCGAGGGGCCAGCUGGUCCCCACUACAGCAUGGAGGAGCCCGAAGCUAGACAGGCCCAGAACCAGCGCAUCAGCCCAUGCUCCACGUUAACCAGCAGCACCGCAUCUCCCCCCGCGGGCAGCCCCUGUUCCACCCUGCCCGCCAUCAUGCCGGGCCAGGCGGGAACAAGGGAGUGCGCCUAUGGCUCCGUCACCAGUCCCACCUCCACGCUGGAAAGCCGGGACAGCGGAAUCAUAGCCACUCUGACCAGCUACUCUGAGAACAUGGAGCGUGGCGGCAGCAAGCAUAGCGGAGGAAGCAUGGAGGGCUCACGCGGCAACCUGAAGCUGUGGCAGUCGCAAAAAUCAGGCAUGGACUCCUUCCUGUACCGUGUUGACGAGAACAUGACAGCGUCCACGUACAGCCUCAACAAGAUCCCCGAGCGCAGCCUGGAGAGCAUGUCCUCGCACUCGGCCCAUUCCAUCCCUCUGUACCUAAUGCCCCGCCCCAAUUCUGUGGCUGCCACCAGUUCAGCUCACCUGGAGGACCUGGCCUACCUGGACGAGCAGAGGCACACCCCCUUACGCACCUCGCUGCGUAUGCCCAGACAGAGCACCACCUGCGGGCCAGGCCGCUCGGGGCAGGACAUAAGAGCUUCCGCUAACAACUCCCAUGCCUGGCAGUCACAGUCACCAGUACGUUUUGCACCGUACCGGCCCCAGGACAUUGCCCUGAAGCCGCUGCUCUUCGAGGUGCCGUCCAUCACGGUGGACUCUGUGUUCACGGGCCGUGAGUGGCUCUUCCAGGAAAUCGACGGCCACCUCAACCGCCCCGGCAGCAGUCGCGGCGUGGUGAUCGUCGGCAACAUCGGUUUCGGCAAGACUGCCAUCAUCUCCCGCCUGGUGGCGCUCAGCUGCCACGGCACGCGCAUGCGACAAAUCGCCUCCGACAGCCCGCAGGCCUCACCGAAACAUGGCGAGGGGCUUCCUCUCAGCCAGCCGCAGCCCACACAUGGCACACUGGGUGGAGGCAGCUGUCCCGGUACCCCUGAGAUGAGGCGGCGACAAGAGGAGUCCAUGAGAAGACUCGCCUCACAGGUAGUGGCCUACCAUUACUGCCAAGCUGACAACGCCUACACCUGCCUGGUGCCCGAGUUUGUGCACAACGUGGCGGCGCUGCUGUGUCGCUCACCUCACCUGGCGGCCUACAGGGAGCAGAUGCUGCGUGAGCCGCACUUACAAAGCGUGCUGAGCCUGCGCUCCUGCGUCCAGGACCCACUGGCGUCCUUUAGGAGAGGUGUACUUGAGCCCUUGGAUGCCCUCUACAAAGAGAGGAAGAUCAACACAGAGGAAGACCUGAUCGUCCUAGUUGACGGCCUGAACGAGGCAGAGUUUCACAAACCGGAUUACGGCGACACCAUUGUGUCCUUCCUCUGCAAAACCAUCCACAAGUUCCCCUCCUGGCUCAAGCUGGUGGUGACUGUCCGAACCACCUUGCAAGAGAUCACCAACCCGCUGCCGUUCCAUCGUAUCUCUCUGGACGGCCUGGAGGAGAACGACGCCAUCGACCAGGACCUGCAGGGCUACAUCUUGCACCGCAUCCACAGCAGCCCAGAGAUCCAGAACAACAUCUCACUUAACGGCAAGAUGGACAACACCACCUUCGGCAAGCUCAGCGGGCACCUAAAGGCCCUCAGCCAGGGCUCCUACCUGUACCUCAAGCUCACCUUUGACCUUAUCGAGAAGGGCUACCUUGUCCUCAAGAGCUCCAGUUACAAAGUGGUUCCGGUCAACUUGGCCGAAGUGUAUCUCCUCCAGUGCAACAUGCGCUUCCCCACGCAGUCAUCGUUCGAGCGGGCACUGCCUCUGCUCAAUGUGGCUGUGGCCUCAUUGCACCCGCUCACCGAUGAGCAGAUCUACCAGGCCAUCAACGCCGGCUCACUGCAGGGUACGCUGGAUUGGGAGGAUUUCCAGCAACGUGUAGACAAUUUAUCCGUCUUCCUGGUAAAGAGACGGGACGGCACUCGCAUGUUCGUCCACCCGUCCUUCAGGGAGUGGUUGAUUUGGCGGGAGGAAGGCGAGAAGACAAAGUUCCUCUGCGAUCCCAGGAGUGGCCACACCCUAUUGGCCUUCUGGUUCUCGAGGCAGGAAAGCAAGCUAAACCGGCAGCAGACCAUCGAGCUGGGCCACCACAUCCUCAAAGCACAUAUCUUCAAGGGUCUCAGCAAGAAAGUUGGGGUGUCCUCAUCCAUCUUACAAGGCCUAUGGGUGUCCUACAGCUCGGACGGUCUGUCGGCCGCUCUCUCAUCGCUGAGAAAUCUAUAUACACCCAACAUCAAGGUGAGUCGGUUGUUGAUGCUGGGCGGUGCCAACGUCAACUAUCGCACCGAAGUGCUCAACAACGCCCCCGUAUUAUGCGUCCACGCCCACCUGGGCUACAUGGACAUGGUGGCCCUACUCCUGGAGUUCGGCGCCUAUACCGACGCCCCCUCCGAGAGCGGCCUGACGCCGCUGGGUUACGCUGCUGCAGGCGGUCACAUGGCCAUCGUGACGGCUCUGUGUCGAAAGAAAGCUAAGGUGGAUCACCUGGACAGGAAUGGUCAAUGUGCGCUGGUGCACGCUGCCCUCAGGGGCCACAUGGAGGUGGUCAAGUUUCUCAUCGAGUGCGACUGGAGCGGCGGGCCGGUGCAGCACUCUCCACAAACCCAGCAGCAAGCUGCCUUCACCAAAAGCCACGCCGUUCAGCAGGCCCUUGUUGCCGCAGCUAGUAUGGGCUACACAGAGAUUGUCUCCUACCUGCUGGACCUGCCCGAGAAAGACGAGGAGGAGGUGGAGCGAGCGCAGAUCAAUAACUUUGACUCGCUGUGGGGAGAGACAGCUCUGACGGCGGCUUCCGGUCGGGGGAAGCUGGAAGUGUGCCGCCUCCUUCUGGAGCAGGGUGCCGCCGUGGCCCAGUCCAACCGGCGCGGCAUCGUACCGCUGUUUAGCGCCGUCCGGCAGGGCCACUGGCAGAUAGUGGACCUUCUCCUGACGCACGGCGCUGACGUCAACCUGACUGACAAACAGGGUCGCACGCCACUCAUGAUGGCCGCUUCAGAGGGACACUUGGGAACAGUGGAGUUUCUACUCUCGCAAGGAGCCUCCCUGUCUCUGACGGACAAGGAGGGUCUGACGGCGCUCAGCUGGGGCUGCCUCAAGGGUCACCUGCCAGUGGUGCGAUGCCUGGUAGAAAGCGGCGCCGCCACCGACCACGCCGACAAGAACGGCCGCACGCCGCUCGACCUGGCUGCCUUUUACGGCGACUCUGACGUGGUUCAGUUUUUGGUGGAUCACGGCGCAAUGAUAGAGCACGUGGACUACAGCGGCAUGCGUCCUCUUGACCGGGCCGUGGGCUGCAGGAACACGUCGGUGGUGGUGGCCCUCCUCAAGAAAGGCGCCAAGAUAGGAUGUCAGACGCUGCCCAGUAGGCCCCGAGGUCCGGCCACGUGGGCCAUGGCCACCUCCAAACCCGACAUCAUGAUCAUUCUACUCAGCAAACUCAUCGAGGAGGGUGACGGCUUUUACAAGAAGGAGAAGGUGAAGGAGGCGGCACAGCGCUACCAGUAUGCCCUCAAAAAGUUCCCGCGUGAAGGCUUCAGUGAGGACCUUAAGACAUUCAGAGAGUUAAAGGUUUCGCUAUUCCUCAACCUGUCCCGAUGUCGGAGAAAAAUGAAUGACUUUGGGAUGGCUGAGGAAUUUGCUACCAAGGCUCUCGAGCUGAAACCCAAAUCCUACGAGGCCUUUUACGCCAGGGCCAGGGCCAAGCGUAGCAGCAGGCAGUUCCAUGAAGCCUUGGAUGACCUGAACGAAGCCAUGAAACAGUGCCCCAACAACCGAGAGAUCCAGCGCCUACUGCAGCGUGUUGAGGAGGAGUGUCACCAGCUGAGCCAGGGGGUGCUGCAGCCUCCGGACCUGGAGCUGGAGCCUCCUCCAUCCCCGCCUCCUACGCCUCCCCCAGAGGAUGAAGAGUGCCUGUCCCUUCCUCUGCCUCUCCCGCCUCCGCCAGAGCCCCGUCUGGAGGACAUGGAGCCUGUCCAGGAUCUCUUUGAGGAUGAGGACUACUUAGAGCAGGAACUGGAGGCCAUGUCCAUGUGUCUGCCCCCACCGGAGUCAUUGGGCAAUCCUACCAGUCUCCCCAUCAUUCAGAGUCCCCCACUGUCCCCUACACACGCAGACCAGAUCUACCUUGCUGGAGGUUCUCCUAUGGGGCAACCUUACGAGUACCACCCCACCUCUUCCUCCAUGUCCUCCCCCACCCGUGGAUCUUAUCAGACCACGCCGCCCUCCCUUUCCCCGACACAUCACAACUCCCACUAUCGACACAGCCCACCUCACACAUCGCCGGUGCACCAGCCGUCCUACCGCUUCAGCCCACCACCAAUGGGAAGUGGUGGGCAAGGGAUGGACCACCAGAGCCCGCCGCCCUCUCCUCUGCGUCGGGCUGCCCAGUACAGAGCCAGUCCACCGGUAGAGAGCGUUUGUCUGUACAGGUCCCAGUCGGGUUCUCCUGUGCGCUACCAAACGGAACAGCACCCAGGGAGACCCAAGUCCCCUCUGUCCAAGAUGAGCAGCCAACGCUCCUUCCAGCUCAGCUCUCAGGCCUCGCUGUCAUCCCAGCACCACCAAGCCCAAGGCCUUCGUCUGCAACCUUCCAUAGCUCAAAUCGUGCGCACCAACCAGCCCAACAGCAGUUACGGGGGGCAAAUGGGCCACUCUGUUGGUAGCCGUUACCCGGGCGGCUCGGUGGACGUGGACGGCCGACUUGUGUACCAGCCUUCGCUGGAUGGGCGUUCUAUGUCGCAGGUGCAAGCCAGCCUCAGCUCUGGCGCCCUCUGCCAGCACGGCGGCCGAGGAGGGGUCAUGGAGUCGGCACUGUUGAAGGAUGAGCUACCCCAGCGCCCCUCCUCUGCCUACCGCGCCAGCAGCGGGGGUCCGGCGGGCAUCCGUUACAGUCAGACGCCUCAGAUCAGUCGCAGCCAGUCCGCUGCUUACUACCCCGUCUCUGAGCACGUGCUGGAGCGCGCCAAUGCCAUGCCCCCUUGCCAACUGGGCUCCCCUGAGAUCCCGCAUUUGGUGAGACGCCCUGUCAGCGCCAACACUCCUGAGAUAAAGCCGCACGUGCCCACCCCCAGACCCCUCAUCCACUCGCAGAGCGUCGGCCUGCGCUUCUCCCCCUCCAGCAACAACAUCUCUGCCGGCUCCACCUCGAACUUGGCGCCGGGCUUCAGGCCGUCCUCUUCCAUCCAGCAGAUGGAAAUACCUUUGCAAGCCACCUACGAGCGCCCCUGUGAUGAUUUGUCACCAAUCUCUCCCUCACAGGGCGGCGGGGGGCUUUAUCAGGGCGAGCCUACCCGCUCUCGUAACACUCCCUUUAUGGGCGUCAUAGACAAGACGGCACGGACUCAGCAGUACCUGCACCAGCCCUCUCGCUCCCGCGCCAUGACGUCCAUGGAUUCGGCCAUUAGCCCCACCUCGCCCGGCCAAUUGGUCCAGCAGGGGUCCACCUACAGCCCGCCCAGUUCGCUGGGAAACAUCGCUUACUACAACAAGACUAACAACGCGCAGAAUGGACACUUACUGGAGGAGGACUACUACUCCCAGACACCGCCGCCCUCAUUGGGAAAGCUGGCCAACGGCUCCCGAGGCACCGGGGACAUUCUGGAGCGGGUCAGCCAGGUGCCCACCUACCCGGACGUGAAAGUGGCCAGGACUCUGCCUGUGGCGCAGGCAUACCAGGACAACAUGUACCGCCAGCUCUCCCGAGACUCCCGCACACAAGGACCCUCUUCACCCAUCAAACCAAAGAGACCAUUUGUGGAAUCUAACGUGUGACAGUUCAGACGACGAAAGAUCAGAAACUGUGAGUGGCCUGAAAAUGGACUUAGCCUGGAAGAACUGGUCACAAGAGGGACCACACACUUUUAAGGUGUUGGACAUAAACAUACUGACUGAUACACUGACUUGACCAUCUUGUAACGCUCACAGGCUUGAUUCCAGGCUCUGGACAAUGACUACCCCCAAUAAAACUGCACAGGGACAUGAACGUCUCCUGGGACUGGUGGACUCUUUAUCUUGUGUGCUCUUAAACAAGGUUGCUGUAGGCUCUCUUCAAUGUAAUACAAUACUAUAUGUUCAAUACUGUACAUUGCUCGGCAGAUUACAAACAACUUCAUUACUAAUAGAGAACAAAUGACCAUAUUUAUAAUUAAGUUAUAUAUUGUACAUAGAAGUCAGAGGAAGCAUCGUUUGAAAUGUAUACCGUUCUCGCUGCCUUGGUGUCCCUGCUGCUGGUCCAAAGGGGACGGACGUGCUAAAACUCGUCACAGAAGCUCACGUUUUCUUGGGGCUGAUCAAGCGCAUGCGGAGCGUCAUUUCCUGCACCGUCAUCCAUUGAUUAGUUUCGAUUUCCAUGUUCUUCACCGAACAGGACAUGCGGGUAUGUGCCAAAAACGUUACCUGCCCAAACCAGUCAAUGUUUGCCUUUUCAAGCAACUGCUUUUAAACGUCAGUUAAAUUAGGCCCCUGUGGCCAGACCAGAACUAUUAACAUGUUUGCCUUGACUGAGGCUCAAAGAAAAGUUAAGGAUGAAAAGCAAGCAAAUCUCACUUCUGCCCCGCCUUUCUACCGGUUUCUUUUCAUUACAAACGCCUAGAAGGUGCACUUGAUUCCCCACCAUUUCUUUCUCUUUCCGAUUGUCGAAUGCAAGUGGUUUAGACAGUCACAGACAAUAUUUAACAGACAAUGUUUUUAAAGUCUUACCAAAAUGUAAAGACUUUCUAGCACAAGUUGUAUAGAUACGGUCUGACUACCAGUUGAAGAUGUUUGCAUCCGGCACUGACACAAUCAAUUCCGGCUUUGUUUGGAACGGUAUUCUAUUUAAAAAUAAAAACUUUUUAAAAAUCUGACACCCAAAACAUGCUUGUCCCGAUGGAAACGUUCAAUAACCUCACUCUUCAUGACACCUGAUGUUGAAUACGUUCAGAUGUUUCGACACCAAUGUCGUUCUCAAUGAAAGGUUUAACAUUCGCGCUUUUCCAGAGAGAGUUGUCAUUGCACAAUGGGCAAUGAGUACCUUCAAAAUCCGUCAAUGCGACUUCCACCUUGUACCGUAGCUGUUCUACUGAUCUUUAGAGAUGGUGUCACCUGUAUUAUACUUGCUUUCAAAUCUUAAUUGAAGCUAUCCAAGUAUGUAUGGUUCAAAAAUGUGUGAUUGUAUAUUAGCUGGCUGUAAAUAGUCUGAUGCAUGUUCUAUUCUAAAGCAGAAACAUGUAUAGCGGGCUGGUGUGUGCCCCCCGUCAUUUCCCUCAACCUGGUUUCUUUUAUGAUUAAUGUAUUUGCUUGCCAAGCAGAGUUCUCUUGUCUGUACAUGUGAGCUUUCAGAUCGCUGUGAUAUAUAAAAAGACAAAUUAUUAAAAAAAAAAAAAAGUUCAGAAUGUGGUUUUUAUCUCAUGUUAAAUGAUUGUAACAUGUACAUUGUAUUGAGAGGGGAAAACAUUUAUAAAUGGUUGCCUACUGAAACAAAGUAUUUUUAGUCAUUUAUUGUCUAACACAAUGGCAGAACAAAUGUGAGCAGGGCCCUUGACCCCUAAACAAGUGGUUAUGGGUGCUACUUGUGCAGGCACCUCAAAACCAACGUCCGGUGUGUGGGGUGCAAGAGUAAUUUUUUUGGGUGGGCCCCACCAGACAUUCAGCUAGCAGAUAUUUUAACACUUAUAAACACUAUAUUGCAGCUCCGUGCAUCAUCUUACCUUUGUUUGACCCUCACCUCUCCCCAACCACGCCCACUUUAAACCCGCAAACCGGGUCCCUCAGAGCCCCAGGUGCUGUCACCCCCCCCCUAAAUUAUGCCCCUGGUCUAACGUGCUUUCUAUGGUGCUUAUGAGACACUGACAAGGAGAUACAGUAGAUUAGAUGUAUUGAUUUGCUUUUAGGAUGGAAGUUUUACUGUGCAACAGGUUUGUUUGAAAUACAUUAUUCCUUAUUGAAAAUGUUGCAGGAAUAGAAAAGAAUGCUCAUGUUUCAAGGGCAUUGACAAUGUAUGUUCAAUACUUUUUGACAAAGGGGUGAAUGACAGUCGUAAAUGGAUUUG